UAACGUCACGUCUUCGUCAUCUGUUUUUUGCCGAUAUUUGCUUUAGCUUUUAAUUUAUUUUUCAGUAUCUUAGAACUAGAAUAGUAAAUAAAAUAGUAGCAUUGUGUUUGUGAAAUAGUAUGCUACGUUUAAGUUUCAUUCUAUGAAAUUACUAAGCCGCAAUGUCUUUUCUGGGUUUUACUGAAGAAGACUUGAUGCGGAUAAAGUCUGCUGAUACUAGAACAAACAACGAAGAGGACUUGAAAGUGGAUACAGAAAAUAUUAAAAGGAUAAAUAAAAUUGGAGCAAAGCCUAGGAAGCUACCCCAGUAUAAAUUGAAGACACAAACAUCUGAUGAUGCUAUAGACAGUCUCAAUUUCGACAAAUGCAGAUUGAGCAUAAAAUCCCCAUCAUCUCCUUUAAGUCCUGAUACAGAUGUAGCAAACAACAACAAUGAUGAUGCUACCACGGUUGAGAGUGAGAAGCAAGAGGCAGCUACCAUAGAUCUAUCUAAGGAGUCGUCAGAAGGAGAAAGCAAUAGCAUAGCAAGCAGUAGAAAGAGCAGUGCAGGUGUAGCCCCAGAUAUAGUUAGGGGAGUAACAAACUAUACAGAGAAUGAGGCAGCUACACACAAGGUCAAGUUGGUAGAACUUCAAUUGAAACAGAAAUUGAUGGAAGAACAAAACAAGAAGAGAAAAGAGAUGCUUUCUAAAGCUCUUGCUGAUAGAACAAAGCAGACAGAAGAGCAAGUACUGAAGCUGGAGAAGAUAAAGAAGGAGCUGCAGAUACUGGACGGACAGUUCUCUCAGGACGUCGCCAUGUUGCGGAAGAAGAUAGACCAUGCAUGCCUCAGCUUUGCAGAUGCUGAAAAGCAUUACCUCAAAGUAGAGAAAGAGUUCUUGCAAGCCAAAAUCAACCUGCAGAAAGAGAAAGAGAACAAGGAACUACUAACAGAGCACCUCUGUGCCCUGAUUACUCAUAAUGAGACAAGAAAAGCUAAGAAACUAGAAACACUAAUGCUACAAUUGGUUGAGGACAAGACGGAUGAAGUGAACAUGGCUGUUGAUGAUGAUGAUGAUGAGCCAGUGAUUGUGGACGGGAUUGAUGAGAGAACCGGUAAGAUGGUUGAAGUUAAUAUGAAUUGUUAGUUGAGCAGCCUGUGGUAAAGUCUAGGUUGUGCGAAAGACUUGAGUUUUACUUCUGAAUAUUUGAUUUUAUAUGAACACCUGAGAAGAAUAUUCAUGCAUCUUAUUGUGCUGCAUUUUAUGCAUUCCUCAAUCGGUAACAAAGACUUUAUGUAACAAACUUAAAUGUAACAAAAUUUAAAACCUAUAAAAUACGUACCUAC